AAAUAAAUACAGAUGUGAAACUCGUGCUGUAGGUUCAAGCCGGAAAAAGCAGUUUGUGAGGUUUCAGUUCUCUGUUCUGUGUUCUGAAGCAAAGCUUGACAAACUGCACAAAUAUCAAGAGCUCUAUACAGACACUGCUGUAGCGAGGAGAGACUCGAGCAAAAUACAAUAAACAAACAAGAGGCCUGAGUGGGAUUACGGACAGCAUGAUGUGGAGUAACUCAGGUUUACUGGAAGAGAGUGAGAGUACUUCCUCUGAAAAUGACGAGGAAAGACAGAGCGAGGCCCUAGCUCAGGAGAGAGAUGAGGCUGAGGAAAAGCUCACUCAGAUCGAGCAAGUGUCGCAGCAGCUGCUGGAGGAGUUGAAUGCCCUGGAAAUGCAGUUUGAGAUUGAGCGCUCCUGUCGUGAGAAUGCCGAGGUCUUCGCUGCAAAGGUAUCCAAAGAGAACAAGAUGCUGAAGCGGAUGAGCCAGGCACUGAUGCCCAUGAUCACAGAGCUGCCUGAAUACCUGGAGGAGGUGACACUGGAGGCAGAGGCCAGCAGCGACCCUGCCACUGAAUCCAUCCAGCAAUACCAGCAGCAGAUCAAAGACCUUCAAGACAGUAUCGACAAACUGCUGAAUGAGAAGAAGCAGCUAUCGAGUCAAGUGAAGGAACUGCAAGACAAGAUCUUCAAACUGACAGAGGAGCUCACAGCAGAGAAGGAGGAGAGAGAGUCCCUGCUGAAGGUCCUGCACCAGAACAACAAGGCCAUAAAGAGGCUGAGCAGAGUGUCCCAGAUGGUGUCCCAGGAGUACAAUGAGGUGUCCACGAGGCUGGAGCUGGAGCAGGAUCUCCGGCAGCAUGCAGAGGUCUUCGCUCACAGAAUGCUGGUGCGUCAGAAGGAGGCGUCCCGUCAGAGCAUGAUUCUGCUGCAGAGCGCAGAGCCCAGCCAGCAGCUCCUGGAGGCUCUAAACAAGGGGGCCGAGAUGAACAAGACCCUGGAGGAGCUGAAACUGCAGCACGAGAUCAAGGUGAAGGAGCUGAAGGCUCAGUUGGAGGAGAGUGCUCUGCAGAAGGAACUAAGCAGAGUGAAGGUGGCACUGGAUCUCAGUGUGGAGGACAAGCAGGAAGCUGAGACCCAGCUGAGCCGAGCCCAGCUCACCAUCCUCCAGUUGCAGGAGGAAGUUAAACAGAUGAAAGAUGCACUGAAACUGGCUGAAUCUCAUUCUGCAUCAGGAAUGAACGAAUCAGAGGAAAACACACCUGCAAUGGCCCCUCCUCCUCCCCCUCCCCCUCCCCCCCCCCCUCCCCCUCCACCUCCUCCUCCUCCACCAUCCAGCAUCACCAGCCCGCUUGAAGAACUCAGGAACCGCAGGAGGAAGGGCCAGGCGAACCCCCGAGCUACAAACACACAGCCAACUGCUCUGGAUGUCAAAUCCAAGGCUGUGAAUGAGAUGAUGGAGCGGAUCAAGAAUGGGAUAAUUCUGAAACCUGCAAAGAGGAGCACACAGGACGUUGCUGUUGAUGACAGUAGCAACAGCGAAUGGAACGCAAAGGAACAGCCAUUUGAAAAAAGACAGAUCGCAGCAAAGGAGUUGCAGGGUCUUCUGGACUCCAUGAAGAAGCCUGUGAAGCGGAGGUCCUACCGGAGGAUCAGCCGAAGGAUCCCUGACCAGGAGCUGACCGCGAUCCUCCAGAGGAGGAGGAGAGCUAUGGAGGACAGGCCGGUUUCCAGUGAAACAAAGCCCCCAGCCACGGGACAGGGGGAGAGCCAGCCCGAGACCACUGCACCAUCAGGCUCAAAGGUCUUGUCCUGGGGUGCAAGGAGCAGCAAUGCUCCGGUCCUGCGCAGGCUGAGACAGACGAGAACAAACCGGGAUUCCAGGAUCAGAGCCUCUGAGAGCACCACCUGGUGGAACAGUUAGGAACAGUGCUCCCGAACGCAGCACUGUCUGAGGAGACACCUGGCCCAGGGGUAUAAGACUCACGAGAACUGUGAACUACUGAAGAUCAAGCAAAGAGAUGGUCUUAACCCAUGCAUUAAAAAUAUUCAUACUUUUCAGCUUUUAGAAGUAUUUAUCGGCAGAUAUAAAAUAAAUCCAUUCAAUAAUGUGUUGAUUUCAAAACAAGAAAAGCUGUCCUCCCUUCACCUUUACAACCAGUACCAAUCAAUGGUAAUUAACUUCCACAUUGAGUGUUUUAAAAGUCUGGGGGAAACCAAUGAAAAUAGGAUGUGACAAAAUUCCAUUGCAUCUUAUCCUGGGUAUAGAUGUCACCCUGUGCAUACAGUAGAACACAGUUCCAAAGUUUUAAAAAGUUU